AUGAUUAUCCUUACUGCUAUCGUCAUCAUCAUCGUCCUCGCCACCGCCCAGGUGGAGACGAUAGGCGACGCGUACAUGGUCGUCUCGGGUCUGCCGGUGAAGAACGGCAUCACGCAUGCGCGGGAGAUCGCGCGCAUGAGCCUGGCCCUGCUCAGCGCCAUCCAGAAGUUCCGCAUCCGGCAUCGACCGGAAGACAGCCUCAAGCUCCGCAUCGGAAUACACUCCGGUCCGUCCGUUGCCGGGGUUGUAGGAUUGAAGAUGCCUCGAUAUUGCCUCUUCGGAGAUACAGUAAACACAGCUUCACGCAUGGAGUCAAACGGAUCCAAUUGAGAAUUCACGUUAGCUCAGAGACAAAGCUAUCCUCGAUACGUUUGACACGUUCGUCGUAGAGCUGCGCGGAAACGUUGAGAUGAAGGGUAAAGGUACGGUAACUACCUACUGGCUGCUUGGAGAGAAGAACCAACGCAAAGCAACGAAGGAGGGCGUCGCACAACAGCGGGGCACAGACUAACGCACGUCGCUGAUGCAAUUAGUCAGAAGUAAUUAGUCUUUCUCGCUCCAAAUAAGGGAGGUGCGGGAACAACCGCAAGUAUAUAAAUUAGAAAGUGGCUGCCAAAUGUGUCGCCAAAUACCUUACAUAUCGACGAUUAGUUUUUAGAUCUACAGAAUCGGUUGUGGUGGGGACGUACCCGCGCACCAGACCGUGUAUUUAUAUAGUCGUUCAAGCAACUUGCUAGUUAGCCAUGUAUAUAUAUAUAUACAUAUAUAACUGCAGUAUAUAUAUGCGCUGUAUGAAGCGAUUCUGUAGAAACUUUCCGGUAACAUUUUACCCAUUAGUAAAAUCGCCGCGUGAAAACGUUCGCGAAGAAUUCAUUUACUUAAACGCGCCAUGGACAAUUCUCGUUUGGCUGCAGUGUAUACUUGUCCACGGUAGCUUUUACUCGUACAUCGGGGAUAUAUGCCUCAUAUAUUAACAGUGUUACGUGAACGUUCUCGUAUCGUUAUACUGGCUGUGUAUUUCUUUC